CCACAAAUUGACUGGAAUUUGACCCUUUCUGGAUUUUUUUCGGCCGAGCCAGUCUUUCUAAAUCUGGAUUUAGGCAACUCUUUUUGCCCAUAAAAAGGCCGCCACCUGUCAGUUCCUCCCACUAUUAACCGGAAUCAUCCCGUCUCAGAUCCGACCCAACUCAACAAACUGAACUACAAAACGAAUGUGAAAUCCUAACUCUUUGGUGAAAGGCUUGGAAAACUAGGGUUUUUCUGUUUCGUGAAUGGUGGAAAUGGUUGUUGAGGAGGGGACAAGCAAUGGUGAAGGAGCAGAGUGUGAGGAGGAGAUUCAGUGCAUCAAGAGUGAACCAGUGAGUAAUGGGUUUGGAUUUGAAUUUGUGAAUGAUUCUGGUGAUGGGAGUUCAGGGGCAAAUGAGAGUUAUCGAACAUAUAAGAGGCGGAGAACAAGUUCAAAGAUUAAAAUGCAAGAUGGUGGGAGAGCUUCUACUGACCAGGUUGCUCUUCCUGGGACAUAUCAUUGUGCUUCUUUGAAUGAUUCAAAUUAUUGUCUACAGAGGAAGUGGAGAAAUGUUGUAUUGGAGCAAAUGCAUCAGUUAUUAAGUGGUGAUGAAGGUGGUAUAAAGCAUUGCAUUCAAGAUGCACUUUUAUUUCAUCGAGAAAAUGGUUGUAAUGUGACAGUUAAGGAUUUUGAUGCUUCUCACGAAGAUAGACAGAAAUACUCUUCGCAUGCAGGGCGAAUUCCUAAUGGAGCUAAGCAUACCGCUGAGGGGAUGGAGGGUGUUUUAUCUAAUGUGUCUUAUAAGGAGUCAAAUCCUCAGACUACCACUGAGAUGUGUCAGCGUGUUUUCUUUGAUGUUAUAAUUUCUGAAAAGUUUACAUAUCUGUGCAAGCUUCUGUCUGACAAUUUCCAAGGGAUCAAGCUUGACAGCCUUUUUCAUGUAACUCUCAUAAACUCAAGGAUGAAAGACGGAGUUUAUGAGCAUUCACCUAUGCUUUUCUCAUCAGAUAUUCAGCAGGUAUGGAGAAAACUUCAAGAAAUAGGAACUGAAAUUGUAUCCCUUGCAAAGAGCCUCUCAAACAUAUCAAGCACUUCCUACAGUGGACAAGUCGGUUGUUCUUGUGGUGCUGUUGAAGAGGAGAAACAUGAGUUCUGUACUCGAGAAUCAGAAUCUCUUGUUAAACCAGAGCCAACUGAAGCUUGUGGUUUGUAUAAAGUUUGCACUUGCAGGCAUUGUGGAGAGAAGGCAGAUGGGAAGAAUUGUUUAGUUUGUGAUUCAUGCGAGGAAAUGUACCAUGUUGCCUGUAUUGAACCUGCUGUGAAGGAGAUUCCUCCAAAAAGUUGGUAUUGUUCCAGAUGUAAUGCUAAUGGAAUAGGAUCUCCGCAUGAAAACUGUGUGAUAUGUGAGAGAUUGAAUGCCUCCAGGACUCUCAACAAUAAUGUUGCGGAUGAAAAGUAUAAUGCACAUCGGGAAACAUUCACUGAAUUGGAAGAAAAUUCAAACUGUAGUGUCUAUAAUGGGCUUCAGUUAUCACCAGGGAACAAAAACUCGCAUGUUUGUAAAAAUUGUGGAAGUUAUGUUAAAAAAGGUGAGAAGUUAAGGAGUUGCGAGCAUCCCUACUGCCCCAAUAAAUAUUAUCAUGUGAGGUGCCUGACAAUGAAGCAGUUAAAAUCAUAUUGUUCCCGCUGGUACUGCCCUUCCUGUCUGUGUAGAACUUGCCUUGUUGACAAAGAUGAUGAUAAGAUUGUUUUAUGUGAUGGCUGUGAUGCUGCAUACCACAUUUAUUGCAUGAAACCACCACGAGCUACAAUUCCAAGAGGGAAAUGGUUUUGCAGAAAAUGUGAUGCUGGGAUCCAGCGAAUACGCAGAGCUAAAAGGGCCUAUAAGAAUCUGGAAAAUAAGCUGAAAAUGAAAGGCAUAGGAGGUAAAAUGGCAUAUGAUAAUCUGGAAAUGAGUCCAAAUCAUAGAGACAAAGAGGAGUCGGAUAAAAGUAGAGGUGGAGUGGACAUGCUUCUAACUGCUGCUAGUACUCUACAUUUUGAGGAGAAGUUGAAUGCUAUUCAGAUGAAGAGUUAGAAAUAGCCUGCACUUUGAGGACAUUGCAAGAUUCAGAUUUCAUGCUAUAAUGCCUUUGCUUUUUUUUUUUUAAUGGUAACUCGGAGUGACAACUUAUUUUCACUUCAUUUUUUCGGCCGGGAAACAUAUAUUUUGGUAGGUUGUAAACUUCAUUAGGUUUUACUGGCAUUUGGAUACAUAGGUACAAGCAAGACAUGAUUCUGAAGGCUGUAUAUUUUUUGUUUGGCACUGCCAAAUGCAUAACUUUCGUCUUGAUCAUGGGGACCGGAAGCUGUUAGAUCUGUUUGAUGAAAGUCAUCCAUUAACGGGGAAUGUUGAAGCAAUGUUAGUUUGUACUACGAGAAUACAUAGUUUAGAGGAGGUUUAUCAGAAGCAAUUGUUUCUCAGCAAUGUUGUAUGAUGUGGAGAAAACUCUGACCAACAACCUGUGUUCUAGGGAUGAAAAAAGUCGAGGAUAAUUUUCCUUUUGCUAUUCUUUGGUGCAUCAUUUUUCCUUCCUCAUGACAGGCUGAGUUGGCUGUAUGCUGUUUCAUUAAUCUUUGUCCUUAUUUUCUUACCCUGAUCUAUCUAUUUUGUUAACAAGAAAAAUCAAUUGAAAGAGAUUUUGGGUUUUGUUUUUUUGUAAUGAAUAAUGUUGUAGUUUGAGGGUAAAAAAAGUUAUUAAU